CCCCCGGCCUGAGACGAGGACUUUGCCCGGCACCUGAGGGCCAGCAGGCCUCACCAUGGGCGCCCGCCUGCUCUCGCUGCUGGGCGUCCUGCUCUGGCUUCAGGGCUCUCUGACUGCAGUCUUUCUCACCCCGGAGCAGGCCCACGGUGUCCUGCACCGGCCACGGCGGGCCAACUCAUUCUUGGAGGAGCUGCGGCCUGGCUCCCUGGAGAGGGAGUGCAAGGAGGAGCAAUGCUCAUUAGAGGAGGCCCGGGAGAUCUUCCAGAGCACGGAGAAGGCGAUGCAGUUCUGGAUUUCCUACACCGAUGGAGACCAGUGCUCCUCGAAUCCGUGCCAGAAUGGGGGCUCCUGCCAGGACCAGCUGCAGUCCUACAUCUGCUUCUGCCGCGCCGGCUUCGAGGGCCGCAACUGUGAGACAAACAAGAGCCAGCAGCUGAUGUGUGUGAACGACAAUGGCGGCUGUCAGCAGUACUGCCACGACCGCGGGGAUGCCGGGCGCACCUGUCACUGUCACGAGGGCUACACACUGCUCGGCGACGGCGUGUCCUGCACACCUGCAGUUGAAUAUCCAUGUGGAAAAAUACCUGUUCUGGAGAAAAAGAAUGCCAGCAGCCCCCAAGGCCGCAUCGUGGGGGGCAAGGUGUGCCCCAAAGGCGAGUGUCCAUGGCAGGCCCUGCUGAGGCUGAACGGGGCGCUGCUGUGUGGGGGGACCCUGCUGGCCCCUCACUGGGUGGUCUCCGCCGCACACUGCUUGGACAGACUGCGCAGCUGGAGGAACCUGACGGUGGUGCUGGGGGAGCACGACCUCAGCGAGGACGAGGGUCACGAGCAGCCCCGGCAGGUGGCGCAGGUCAUUGUGCCUGACAAGUACGUGCCGGGCAGGACCGACCACGACAUCGCGCUGCUGCGCCUGCGCCGGCCCGCGGUGCUCUCCGACCACGUGGUGGCCCUGUGCCUGCCCGAGGCGGCCUUCUCCGAGCGCACACUGGCCCGCGUCCGCUUCUCGGUGGUCAGUGGCUGGGGCCAGCUGCUGGGCCGCGGCGCCACGGCCCUGGAGCUCAUGGCCGUGGACGUGCCGCGGCUGCGGACCCAGGCCACCCACUUCCGGGGCACCUGGUACCUGACAGGCGUGGUCAGCUGGGGCCAGGGCUGCGCGGCGGUCGGUCACCUUGGGGUGUACACCAGGGUCUCCCGGUACACCGCAUGGCUGAGCAGCCUCAUGCACGCCGAGCCGCGGCCCGGCCUCCUCCUACGAGCCCCAUUCCCCUAGCCACAGCUGUGGCAGACAGAUGAACCAGAAGUGCCCUCGUGCCUUUGGCCACUGUCCCUGCAGGCCCACGCAUGUCCCAUGUGUGUGAACUGUGACACGGACUACAUGCCCUGCUCCACGCCCUGACAAUAAACAGCCGCAUCCACCCCA